AUGGAUAACUCACUUUACCCUGUAUUAUUUCCCGAUUACUUGAAGCAAUCACUCCCAAUCUUCGAUCAAUUAUACGCUAUAAUUCCAACCCUUUUAUCAAUUACUAUCUUAUUAACUCAUCUGAACUAUAGAGGUCUUCACAUUGUCGGAUUUUCUGCUGUUCUUAUUGCUUCUUUCUCACUCCUUCCAUUUGCAGUCAUGGGUAUUCUUUCAAUCCCCAAAAUCGGGCCUAAAAUAUGGAUAACUUUGGAUUUCAAGAAAGUUCAAUGGAGGGGUUACUUCAAUAGCAUGUUUUGGAACUUGAAUUAUUGGGAUAAAGCAAGUACAUUAGCUGGUAAAGUUGAAAAUCCAAGUGGGACGUUUCCGAAAGCUUGA